AUGAAUUGUAGGGACAGAAAAGAGAGGCUAGUUGAGCAGAAACUAAUUCAACUUAGAAGCUCUGAUACCAUGCAAAGAAUAGGUAAGAAAAUGAGUGAUAGUGUGAGUAAUCCUCCAAAAUUUCACUUUGUUUUAGUUCAUGGAUCGUGUCAUGGAGGGUGGUGCUGGUUCAAGAUCCGUUGUCUUAUGGAAACAUCAGGAUACAAAGUCACUUGCGUUGACCUUAAAAGCGCCGGUAUCGAUCCAUCUGACCCUAACACACUCUUCACUUUUGCAGAAUAUAAUAAGCCACUUAUUGAGUUCUUGUUUAAUUUGCCUGAGGAUGAAAAGGUGAUAUUGGUGGGUCACAGUGCAGGAGGUCUGAGCUUGACGGAUGCCUUACACAAGUUUGGUAGUAAGAAGAUUCAAAUGGCCAUUUAUGUUGCAGCCAACAUGUUGAAGUACGGUUUUAAUACAGAUGAAGAUGUCAAGGAAGCAGUCCCAGAUUUAUCAGAAUUCGCAGAUGUAAAUGAACAAACGUUUGGGUUGGGACCUGAUAAGCCUCCAACAAGCAUGAUAGUGAAAAAGGAAUUUCAGCGAAAAAUCCUCUAUAAUAUGAGCCCUAUGGAGGACUCUACUUUGGCCUCCAUGCUCCUAAAGCCAGCACCUGCAAUGGCCUUAGGAGAUGCUAAAUUCGAAGAACAAGGAUCAGACGCUGAUAAGGUGAGACGUGUAUAUAUUAAGACCUUGAAUGAUAGAGUAAUCAAACAAGAACAGCAAGAUGCUAUGAUUAGAAGCUGGCUUCCGUCGGAGAUAUUUGAUAUUGAGAGUGAUCACAGCCCUUUUUUCUCCGCUCCCUCUAUUCUUUUUGGCUCUAUAAUUAAAGCUGCAAUAACUUUAGUUGAGUAA